AUGGAAGAGGAAAAAUUAAUACGAAGGAAAAAGAAAGCAUUAAAUGGAAGCAAUAGGCGUAAUUUAGCAGAGGCUUGUAAUGAUUUGGCUAUGUUUUACUAUAAACACAAUCGGUAUAGUGAUGCACUCGAAGAGUAUAAAAAUGAAGCUGCUGUCGUUAAAGAUCUGGGUCUACGAAUGGAAUGGGGCACUUGCAAUAGGAUGAUUGGUGAAAUGUAUAUGUUGUUAGCAGAAUUUGAUAAAGCUCUCAAAUAUGAGGAGCGGCAUUUAGCUGUGGCAAAGGAAUUAAACAAUUUAGUUGAAGAGCAAAGAGCUAUGGCAACUCUUGGUCGUAUAUAUUUAUUGCAAGGUCAGAGUUCUAACGAUGAAAAGGAAGCAAAAGUUUUUCUGACAGCCGCUGAGAAAGCAUUUAUGAAAAGUCUAGUUUUAUGUGAAAAAUUGAAUGGUAAAAUCACAAAGAGUGAACUGAUGGAUAUGCGCGCCCGUCUCUUGCUCAAUAUUGGAGUAGUUCAAGAACAUCUUGGAUGCAUAGACAAGGCUUUAGACUGCAUGAACAAAGCAAUAACCAUUUGCUCCAAUCAAGACUUAUAUGAUAUCCUACAUAAUUGUUAUGCAACUGAAGCUUCAUUGUACAGUAAUAAACAGAAAGAUUUUGCUAAAGCUUUAAGUUGUUUAAAUAAAGCUCUGGAAGUUGCUAGCCGGCUAGAAGAUAAGGUUCUUAAAACAUGUGAAACACUGUCGGCCAAAGCAGAUAUACUGUGUAAAAUGUCAGACUAUCAGAGUGCUAAACAGGUUCUCAUGAAAGCUUGGAAACUGAAUACACCUGAUGAAGAAGAAAGAGAAAAUAUUGAGUCUAACCUGAAAGUUGUUGCAGCAAUGUGCUACACAGAAGACCUUCUCAUUUCAACUGAUCCUACUGACCACAUCACUUUCAAGAAGUUGUAUGAGAAACUUGGCGAUGGAGCGUGUCAUCUUCGCAACUAUGCUGGUGCGAUGGAAUAUUACUUGAAAAUGUUGGACCAUGCUGAGUUAGCUGGUGACUGUGGAAAAACUCUUAUUCCUAUUUACGUCAGCCUCUAUCAAACUUACAAAGACAUGGGUUGUUAUAAUGAAGCACUUCAGUACUAUGACAAAGAAUACGAAUUAAUUAAAGAUGUUCCCAAAGAGGCUUUCACUACUCUGUUCAACAUUGCUGAAGUAUUGUUUUUAGCUAAAAAACCAUACAGUGAAAUUGAGAAGGCAUGUCUUGAAGCAAGGAAAGCAGCAAGGGAUUGGAACAAAAAGAAAUAUGAAAUCCGAGUACUAAAGAGUCUUCUAAAGUAUCAAGAGGAAUAUUUUGAGACUGAUAAAAUGGAACAAACUAAGGAAGAGUUAAGGGCAUUAGGCUAUGAUAAUUUUGACAACCUAGACAAUUCUGAAGAUGAACAGAGCUCUCCUGGUGUUUGUGAUGAAGAUACUACUCAUAUUGGUGAUGAUAUUUGUCUUGAAGACUUGACAGAUCUCUCUGACACCAAUGAUGAAGAUGUAACAGAAAGUAAAAGAGACACGAGAAGAAGGGGGAAAGGCUUUACAAUCAAAAAGAAUAUGAAAGGCGAAACACAACUGCAUGUUGCAUGCAUAUCCGGCAACAAACUUCUAGUGGAGAGGCUACUUGCUAAAGGUCACCCGGUAAAUGUUCGAGACAAUGCCGGUUGGCUACCAUUACAUGAGGCUUGCAUACAUGGACACUUGGAUGUUGCUAAUAUAUUAAUUAAUAAUGGUGCUAAUGUAAAUGACAGAGGAGGGGCUAAUUGUGAUGGCAUAACACCGUUAUAUGACGCUGCUAGCAAUGGACACUUGGAAGUUGUGCAAUUAUUACUUGACAAGGGCGCCAUACCUUCACUCAAAACGGAUUUCGGAGAGACUCCGUUAAACGUUCUGCAAAAGUGGCGCGCUGGAACUAUUCUAACAAGAGAUGAAGAAGUGUUAUACAAUAAUAUAUGCAAUAAAAUACAUAAUUUUAUCGAUAAAACUGCUGGGUCAGACAUAACAUUAAAUAGAUCUAAAUCUAAAACACCAGUUAAACCAAUAAAAGAUACAACUCCACCAAGUACAUCGAAAAUGACCAGUAGAAUUAAGGAAUUGCAUUCACCAGUGUUUAAAAGAAGGAAUAUCAUUGACGAUGACAGUGACGAAGAAAUAAAUCUAUCUCAAAAUGUUAGAAAUCAAACUGCUUUUCCAUCCGAUGACUCCAAUGAUUCUUCUGAUGAUUGUGUACCGAAAACGAAUAAAAAUAAAAGUAUGGGAGUUCUAGAGUAUAGGAGCGCAAUAUCGGCUUUGAGAAAUAGAAUUGUAGACUUUCCUGAAGUUGAUGUCAAGAAAACAAAACCAAAACCGGCUCUCCUAGAUCCAAAUGAAGUUGACGACGACUGGUUAGACGAUGACAUCGGCAUAAAUAACAAGUCCAAGAAAAGAAAACUCAGUGAUCCAUUUACUGUAGCUCCUAAGAAAAAUCCUAUUGACAGUGUUAAAGAAAGCAUUGAAAAUAUUAACAAAAUUCAACCACUUGUGGAUAACAACAUUAAUGACAGUUUAAGACAGAAGAAAUCGCGAGUCAGUGACGUUGUCGACAUUAGCGAUAACAGUUCAGAAUAUGACAAUUUUCAAAGAAACGAAAAUAUAUGUCCAAUGAAUCAAGCAAUUGAAUCUAUGAAAAAUAUUACUCGCGAAUUAAAUGAAUCAAAAUCUAGAGAUAGCAGAGAUAGUAUGAAAAGACGAUGGAAAAGGCAGAUCACAUUAUUAAAGGCUGGAUUUCAGAGGAAAAAAGACGAGUUUGACCAAUCUAGUAACAGUGGAAGUGACAAUGAAUUUGUUUCUAGAAAUGUGAGACAUUCAACACCAUCUGGUAAAUUUUCAAGGAAUUCUUCUGGGGAAAAUUUUAAAAAUAACAUUAACGAUAAUUUUAAUAUGGUUCAAAGUGUGAAUCCAAAUAUCCUUCAACCAUUAAAUGUUAUGCAACCUAUUAAUAUUGUACAAUCGAAAAAUGGGAGAGCUAUGCAGACACAAAUAUUACCACCUGCAGCGGUAAAGGUUCAUGUUGAAGAUAAAGUAUUUCUGAUCCCCCUAAAAUUAGACACAAUAAACAAGCUUUCAAUCAGCUGGCUGGUUGAAGAAGUUAAAUUGAGAUAUUACAAGUUAACAGGUGUUCGACCAGUGUUCAGCCUUAUGACGUCUGAUGGCGCAAUACUUUCGGAAGACGACCCUCUCAGCUUGGUAUUAACAUCGCCUGAGCUUAAGACUUGUAUAAGCACUUGGAGGGCAUCACCAGCUGAAGAGAGAUAUUUAGAAUGUUGUGAGGCCUUGGGGUUAGCCCCAUCACAAGAAAUUCAACAAGCCGUCGGCAGAAGUCACACAACGCGUAGACUUGCACUAGGUGCAAACACUCUGUUCUCGUCUCAAAUACGACCUUUAUUUAGGGCUCUUACACACCAAACUCAUAUAACUGCUAUAAUGAUAGCCAACAAUAAUCUAGGCGACGAUGGUAUGAAGUAUUUAACUGAUACAAUCUGCACUAUGAAACAUUUGUCACAUUUGGAUGUCACUUCCAACAAUAUCACUAAUGAGGGAAUGAAAAUAUUUUUAAAUGUAUUUGAAAAAUCAACUCGCCCUAUUUGCCAAGCUUUAGAAGAAUUGAUCCUAAGUGGAAAUCCAAUAGGAGAUGAAGGAUUUAAGUGUAUAAUCAAAAUUACUCAAUAUAUUAAGUUAAAGACGUUAAAAUUAAAUAGUUGCAGAAUAACUCACAAUAGUGUGAGUGAUGCUAAUAAUUUGAAAAUAAACUUCGAUGAUAUAGAAUCAAUUGAUUUAAGCAAUAAUGACCUAAAACAGGUAAUGGUGAGCUUUCUCAUGACUUCUUUAAGUCCAAAUCACAUAAUAGAUUUGGAAUUAGACAACAUUGGUGUGGAGGGCAAUGUAGCGGGAUGCAUCGCAAUGUUUAUGGAUUCAGCCAAAGAAUUGAAGCUAAGAAGAUUUGGUUUAUCAAAUUGUAAACUAGUCGAUGGGCAAUUUAUGAGGAUUUUUAGGAGUCUCAGUCGGGUGAAGCAUUUGCAAUCAUUGGCUCUCAAAGAAAAUAUGUUAACAUUCAUCACAUUAAAGAAACUACUACAACGGCAGCCGCCUGUGCCACAGAUAAACUUGGAAGGCUGUCAUGACAUAUUUAAAUUUUCACCAGAUUCCGACUUUCAAGUAUGGCUCCCAGCUAUUGACUUUGGAAGGUGCAUUCCUGAAAUAAAUGUUACACCAGUAUUAAAAUCCGACGACGAAAGGGAAAGCUUUAAAUUGUUCUCUAAAACUUGGCUGACAUGUUUCAAAGGCAGAGGAGUUAUUGAGCAUUGUGAAGGCGGUGUUACGAAAUUCACUGCUAGAUGA